AUGUCGUUCAAGUACAAGACCCACAGAUUGGAAGGCCGUGUCGCCGUUAUUACAGCUAGCACUAAAGGGUGGGUUAGUUUGUUCAUUUCAAAGCCUUAUAAUGAGUACUCAAUCAAGAUCUAUAACGAUCAGUUGAUUUUAGAAUCGGAUAUGCCAUUGCCGACCGUCUGGGCCACGAAGGAGCCAAGAUUGUGAUCAGCAGUCGAAAACAAAGUUCGGUUGAUAGAGCUGUUGAUCAGCUGAUUGCUGGAGGGCUGCGACGUGAGAAUGUGGCUGGAAUUGUUUGCCAUGCCGCUGACGAGGCGCAACAAGAUCGACUUUUAGCUUUUGCUAAACAAACCUUUGGAAAAAUCAACAUCUUAGUUUGUAAUCAUGGCAUCAGCCCGUAUGUUGGGAAUCUGAUGGACAUCCCGGAAGAUACUUGGGACCGUAUGUUCGAGGUCAACUGUCGUUCGAUCUUUUUGCUGACUCAAAAGGCCGCUCAUUACUUGAAGGAAGCUGGGUAAAAAUUUCAUGCCAUUUGAUUAUACAAAUGUUUUUUUUUGAUCUUGAAAUUUUCAUAUUGUAAUUACAAUUCUUGCAGUGGCGGAGCAAUUGUUUACACCGCAUCAGUCGCUGGCUAUAAGCCACAGCCGAAGCUGGCGUUAUACGGCGUUACAAAGACAGUUCUUCUCGCGAUGACCAAAGCGUUCGCGCAAGGAUUGGCUGAAAUGAACAUUCGGGUGAAUUGUGUCGCGCCUGGCGUCAUCAAGACCGACUUUAGUCGUGUGGUAAGCUUGGGGAAGUUUUGCGGUAUAUUCUACAAAGCUUCGAGGCCUUUGAUGUACGGUGGCGGACCUGAUCCAGUGGCAAAAACAUACCAUUUUGCAUUCGGCAAGUAUCAAAAAAUGUAGCAAAAUACCUCCUUCUCCAAGUGAAAAAAAUCCGAUUUCAAAAGUGCGCCCUUCAAAUCCGAGUUUUUUUAGCUGGAGAGGGAGUCAUUUUGCCACAUUUUUUGAUCCCUCCCACAUACAAAAUGACACGUUUUUUGUCACUGAAUCAGAUCAGCCACUGUAAUGUUGCAAAAAAGGGGUAAAUGAGAUGACAAAUUCGGCUUGUAAAAUCAUUUUUUAGCUCUGGGAUGAGACUGCGACUGGAGCAAAGCCGCAAACUAAAAGCGAAAAGGACAUCAAUGACCUGGGACGACAUGGAACUCCUGAAGAAGUUGCUGCCUCUGUUGCCUACUUGGUUUCGGACGACUCAAGCUACGUUACAGGAGAAAGUCAUGUAGUGUCGGGUGGAGUUGCUUGUAGAUUGUAA